AUGUUGAAAAACUCAAAUAAAUAUAUGAUUUACAGUUUAUCUGGAUUAAUUAUAGUAAGUUUGUUAUUUGGAAAUGGAAAUUUCUUCUUUGAAAUAUUGAACAUCUUGCAAUUUCAAUCCUAUUUAAGAUAUAGUUCAUUUACAAUUUACAUGAAACAUUAAUUUCAAUUGUUUAACAAUUAAAUACUCAUCUUAAUCGUCUCUACAUAAAUCUGCAAUAUCCAUUAAAUUUAGAAAUUUAUUUUUGUAUUUAUGAUUUGA